CGCGCCUGCGCGGAGCGGCAGUUCGGCGGGGCGGUGCGUGCGGCCCCGGCCAUGGGGGCGGCGGCGGCCGAGGCGGAUCGGACCCUGUUCGUGGGGAACCUGGACCCCAAGGUCACUGAGGAGCUCAUCUUCGAGCUGUUCCACCAGGCCGGGCCGGUGAUCAAGGUGAAGAUCCCCCGGGACAGGGACGGACGGCCCAAGCAGUUCGCCUUCGUCAACUUCAAGCACGAGGAGUCGGUCCCGUACGGGCUGAGCCUCCUGAACGGCAUCAAGCUCUACGGCAGGCCCAUCAAAAUCCAGUUCCGAUCAGGGAGCAGCCACGCCUCUCAGGAUGGGAAUCUGCCCUGCUCCCCGCAGGGUGCCAGCCUGUCACACCCACCGCCCAGCUGCAGCCGAUACGAGCGGAGCCCUGACAGCAUGGCAGCAGCAGGGUUCUCCUCUUCGCCGCGGGCUCUGCCCUCCUCUGAGCACCUCCAGAGACAAGUGAUGAACAGCACCCUGCGGCCACAGUUCGGGGGCAAGUACGAGCCCACAACCUUCGCCCCACCGGGCUACCAGCCCCCUCCCCACGCCUUCCACCCCCCGCCGCGGCGCCCUGAGGUGCCAGCCCUGCGCAAGGGCCGGGUGGGUGCCCACCCCUACCACCACCCCACCCCGGACGGGCGCCACGUGGGGCGGGAGCCGCGCUUCGACUACGGGCGGGGUAAGCGGGAGGAGUACGGAGGGUUCGAGGAGAGGGGCCACGACCACGAGCACCACUACCGGGGGGAGCUGCCCUACGAGGACAGGCACCGGGAGAGCUGGAACCACGACUACGACCACCGGAGGGAGAGCUACAGGGAGGCCAAGUGGCACCCGGCACGGCACUGACCCCCGGGCUGGGCAGGACUUGAACCUGAGCACCGUGUCUGUGAUCUGUGUAAAAGGCCACCCCAAAACCUGGCAGGUGCCUCCCGGUGCCUGUCACCCCACACAGCACUGCCCCCCAGCCAGCCCCGCGGCUCAGGGGAUUUGCUCACCUCGGGGUGAUGCUUUUUGGGGACAAAACCUCCCGUUUCUGGAGAAACCAUUGCUGUUUCCUGGCGCUGCAGGGAACCAACCAUUUUUAUUUUGGAAGCGCGGUGGAAGGGGCUGUCCCUGCGUCAGGGGCUGCUUCACGUCCUCCUUUCCAGGUGGCCGUGGGACAGGUGCUGUCUGGCGUCACCGUUUCGUCACGCAGGGUUUUUAAUAAGCACCCGUUUGAAUAUUCCCUGUCUGGGCAGAGCAUUAAACAUCUCCCUGGAACUAA